UGCUGUUCGUCGUGAUUAGCAGCCACCUCUUCUCUGAAACUUGGCCACGCCUCAUCCACACACACCAAAUUCAACACCCAUAAACCCCAAACACAAAGUUAAGAACACGCAGGGAGCAGAGAAGCAGAGCAGAUUAAAAUUUUUUUUUAAAAUGUCUGUGGCAUCCUCGAUUCCACGCAUCAAAAUCCCAAAUCCAUCGUCGUCGUCUUCUUCCUCACCUUCCUCUUCAUCAGCUUCGCCUUCCUGUUUCAGAUUCUCCGCAAUCAGAAAGCCUUCUUACAAUCUCGUCACUAUAAGAUGCUCCCAAACAGAAGGUCCUUUGAGACGACCUGUGGCGCCUCCUCUUAGAGAACCUUCGUCGCCAUCGCCUCCUUUGAAGCCAGUUCCUCCUUCUCCGCCGUCACCUUCUUCUUCUUCGGCUGUUAAACCGGCUCCGGUGGCGGUUGGGGAGGAGAAGAAUGUGAUAACGUUGGAGUUUCAGAGGCAGAAGGCGAAGGAGUUGCAGGAGUACUUUAAAGAGAAGAAGCUUGAGGAGGCAAAUCAAGGUCCCUUCUUUGGCUUUGUUGGGAAGAAUGAGAUUGCCAAUGGAAGAUGGGCAAUGUUUGGCUUUGCUGUUGGGAUGUUAACAGAGUAUGCAACAGGCUCAGACUUUGUUGAUCAAGUAAAGAUCCUUCUCUCCAAUUUCGGGAUAUUAGAUAUUGAAUGAUUCUUCUUCCUUAAUUUUUCUCCAUACCCUGUUUACUUUUUGUAAUUUACUCUAUUCAAAUCCAAUGAUUUGACUCUACAACUUCUGUAAUUUCUUUGAUCUUCACUCUUCUUUUCAUUCCCAAGUUUAUAAGGUUGCUAUUUUGUUCAUGAAGCAGGAAAAAUUGAGAUCCCAAACAACUUCUGUAAUUUCUUUGAUCUUCACUCUUCUUUUCAUUCCCAA